AUGGGAAUAUCUAACCUGUUGCAGUUCCUUAAACCGAUAGUUAAAAACUCGCAUAUAAGCAAAUACAAAAAUGAAGUGAUCGGUGUUGAUGUUAUGUGUUGGAUCCAUAGAGGACUAAUCAGCUGUGCAUAUGAUAUAGCUACUGACAAUUUCAAUGAUAGCUAUUUAAAUUUCAUUGAUAAAAUGUUAGAGGUUAUAAAUCAUUAUAAUAUAAAAAUUUUAUUCGUUUUUGAUGGAGAAGAGUUACCAGAGAAGAAAAAUGAAAAUAUGGUUAGGAAAAAUAGAAGAGAAAAGGCUAAAAAAGAAGUACAAGAAAUUAUUAAAAAGGUAAAAAAUCCAAGAACAAAUGAAAUGGUUUUGAAAAAAUGCAUACAAGCAUUAAGUGUAUCAAAAGAAAUUAUUGACUCGGUUAUUCAGUUUUGUCAAAAAAGAAAUAUUGACUAUAUCAUUUCUCCUUAUGAAGCUGAUGCUCAGUUAUCUUACCUUUGUCGUAUGGGAUUCAUCUCCUGUGUUAUAAGUGAAGAUAGUGAUUUGCUAGUAUAUGGUUGUCCGCGUGUCUUAUAUAAAUUCAAAAACAAUGGAGAAUGUAAUGAAAUAAGUUUACUCCCAAUUAAUGAUCUUAUCGAUAUAAAUAUCAUCAGUGAAAUUAAGAAUCCUUUAUCUGAUUCUUUUAACGAAUUUUACAUUACGCCAAUGAAGGAGCUUAAGAAUGACGAGUUCGAUAACCUAGGACUAAAGGAGUCGGAUGAUGCCAUUCCAGACCAACAAAAUGAUCCCCGCGCAGCUAUAUACAGACAUAAAAAAAAUGGAGUGAAUAAAAAAAAAUACGAACAAAUAAUGAAGAAUUAUAUAGAUAAUUUUUAUUGGCCUGAAGAAUUACAGAAUUUAAAAUAUUUUACCAUUGACAUGUUUCUAGCUAUGUGUAUAUUAAGUGGUUGUGACUAUACAAACGAUUUUCAUAUAACAGGAAUGGGAAUAAAAACUGCUUUUAAUUUAAUAUAUCAAUAUAAAAGUAUUGAGAAUAUAUUUACAUUUUUAAUAUCCCAUGAAAAAUGGAAACAUAAAAUACCAUCAAACUUAAAUACUAUGGAAAAAUUAAUGAACAAGUAUAAAGAAAUAAAAAAUGCUUUUUUACAACAUCAAGUAUACGAUUUUGUUUUAUGUAAAAAUAUACCCAUCAACCAAUCUUUUAAUAGUGCCUUUAAAAAUAAAAAAGAUAGCAAAUUAAUUAUUAACAAAAUUAGAGAAUACUCCUUAAGGUAUAACCAUUCCGGGAAAAAAAACAACUGCUUGAAUAGCUACCUGGAGGACACUCUAAACAGAAGCAUAAUUAAUAAUGAUAAUUUCGUCUCCCAAAAAAGCAUUUCUCAAAAUUUCAAAAAGGACACACUGUUGAUAGUGUCAAAAGAAGAAAGCUCACAGAACGAGCAGGGCAGAGAGAAUGGAAAAGAACAAAGUGGACAAGGGGAAAUACUCAGUUCAAACAAUUUUAAAAAUAUUUUUAAGAAUUUUACAUCAGAGUGUUUUGAAUACUUAGAAAUAUCACCUAAUAUUUUAAGGGAUUGUGAACAAAGCAAAGCAGCCGAAGUGGCAGAUGAAGUAGCAGCUGGAGUACCGAUGGAUAAAAACAAAAAGGAAAAAGGAAAAUCCAACUAUCACCAAGAUGGAUGCUCUAAACAACAACAAGCAAAAGAAACAAUCCCUUAUAAACCCUUUGACAAAAUAAAUAAUAUCGAUGUACCUAAUUUACAUUCCUUUUUCGAAAAUACACAUAUUCAUUUUCUUCAAAAUAACACUCAUUUAAAUAGUACUUAUAUGCACUAUCAUAACUCGCACAACAAUGAUCAUGAAGGAAGUAUCCAAACCCUUGGUGGUAAUGGACACCGACAAAAUACAAUACCAAAUGAUAGUAAGAGGAGAAUGAAAAAUGUAAAUAGUGACAAUUUGAAAAAUUCUAAAAGAGCGAAAAUAGUUACUUCUUGUCCACAAUAUGCAAAUAGCGAAGCUUACUCAGGUGUUACAAAAGAAGGAAAAACAAACCAUCAAGAGAAAUUUAUCAUUGAUAAUCAAAUGAAUACCAAUGAAAAGGAAAAAAUAAAUUGUUGUUUAAAAAAUUACAAUUGCGAAGGUGCUUCUAACUUUUAUAUAGGCGGCACAUGUACAAACGACGUGAUCAGUAACGAUGAUAAUGCAGUACAUACGAACGAUACUAAUAAUAAUAAUAAUAAUACUAAUAAUAAUAAUAAUACUAAUAAUAAUACUAAUAAUAAUAAUACCAAUACUACUACUACUACUACUACUACUACUACUACUACUACUAAUAAUAAUAAUAAUAAUAAUAAUAAUACGAAUAAUAAUAACAGUGAUAGAAUGAAGAGCGCAAAAGAUAUGUACGAAAAUAUGAGAAAGAACUUCUUCCUUUAUAAAACUUUGAAAGAGCAAACAAGCAUCCCACUGAAAUUUUCACAUCAACGAGAUUAUUCUACGUGCGACUUGAAUGCAAAGGAGGAGGGAUACACACACAAAAAUGUAACUAAUGAAAAGUCCACCAUCAUCCGAACUAAUGAACACGCUAGUGUUCAAUUUCAAAGUGAAUUUCACCAUACUAAUUCAGAAAAUAAGCAUCAAAUAAAAGAGGAAAAAUAUAUGAAAACAGAACAAGAAACAAAUAGUACAAAUGGGAUGGAAGUAACCAAUGAUAUAAGUAGUGUAGAUAAUAAUGUAAUAAAAAAGAAAAAUGAAAAAAAUGAAAUUUCUUCAAUAGCGAGAAGUAAUAACUUCUCAUCCUUUUCAACACCACACAAAAGUAGUAAAUCCAUUGCUAAAAUAGAAACUACUAAAAAUCAAUUACGGAUUACAAGUUUUUUUAAAAAAGCAAGUAAAAUAACUAAUACUAAUAUAUUAGCAAAAAAGAUAACAAAUGAAAAUUCGAAUUGUAUCUUAAAAUACUCUCCUUCAUCAAACAAGUCCAGAGCAUCAAGUGAAGAAAAAUAUAAUACGAUAAAUUCUUUAAUUAAUUUUUUUCCUGAAAAAGAGAUAAAUACCGUUCAAGAAGGAAAAAAUAUUAAAAUAGAACAACGAACAAAUACAUUUAAACUAAGCAACUUAAAAGAACAUCAUACAAAUCCAGUGCAAAAUCAACACAACCAUGAUGACCUUACUUUUCUACAAAAUUGUAACUUACAAAAUAGUUCAUCAACAAAUGAAAAAAUAAAGGACUUCAAGAGCAUUUCAUUCGAAAAAGGGGACUCACAUGAAGUAUCUUUGUUCGAUUCUCUACAGAAUGCAUAUUCUUCGAAAGCAGCCCCAAAGGAUGCUAAUGCAUUUACCGUUAAAAAAUAUAUAAUGAAUAAAAAAAAUGAAAACAAGGAAGAUAAGGAAAACAAAGAAAACAAGGAAAAUAUUAAAGAAAUUAAUAUUGAUUAUAUACUGCAGAAUCUAAAUAACGACUAUCAACAUAAAAGUCAUAAGAUUAACACUUUUGACUACUUUAAAGAGAAAGAAAAUGUACCCCAACCGAACCCAUACAUCGACAAUAGUUUAUGA